AUGCAAAAUUUGUUCUCUCUUUUCUAGAAUCCCAACAUGUUGAAUUCUACUUAUUAAUAGAUUCAACUAUACUAAAGAACAAUCAAAGUACAUAUUUCUUGAUUAAUAUACAAGAAUUUAGAAAAUGCUUCAAAUAAGACUUUAGAAUUAUUCAUAAUUUCUAAGACUUGGCUUCGAUAAUGGAAACACUAUGUAAAGUAUUAUGAAAACUAAUACUAUAAUUCCAAUUAAAGAUAGUAAAAAGUAAGCAAACAUCUUUAUUUUCAAGCCUGGACCUAUUAAUUCUGAUUUAAAAUCAGAUGAAAUUUUUGUAUUCAACUAUCCAAAUAAUCAUUCUUUUAAUUAGAAAAUAAUAAAAUUAGAUCCAGAAGAUUAUGUUCUAGUAUAAUAUUCAAUUUAAUUAUAGAUUGGAAGUGAUUUGAUGAAUAUGUGGCAUUUAGAAUUUGGAUCUGAUUUAACAAUAUUUAGAUAGAUAACUUUUGAUGAAAAAUCUAAACCAAUUACAAAUGUUAAUCUAAGAAGAGUAAGACAUUUUAAUUAAUAUAUUAGUAAGAAAUUUAUAUGAAAAUUUAAAAUUCUACUCGAGGUAUUAUCUAAGUAGAUGAGAAAUGUUUGAUAAAAUAAUGGAUUAUUUUAAUAAAAUCAGCUUUAAAAAGUGAGUUUUAAUUAAAUUGUGAAAACAUUAGAUUAUGGAAGCAUAAAAACUUUCCCGCUAAUUAAGCUUUAAAACAAUUAGAAUAAAAUAAUGGAAAAUUUAAUGGAUUAAUUUUAGAUGAUAAUUACAGUGUAGGAUAUUAUAAAGCUGAUUUAAUUUUUAUAGAUAUUUAAGAAAAUGGAAAAUGGCAAUAUGAAUAAUUAGAUUAUAAAGUAAAUAUCAAUUUUAUAUUAGAAAUCUUCUUAAGAAGAAUUUAAAUAUAUAUUUAAUAAAGCAUUUAAAGGAUGUGGUAAAUUUUAUUGUGAUAAAAAUUAUUGUAAUAGUAAUCCAGUUUUUAAUCAAUUACAAUUUGAAAAAGCUAGUUUAUAAUAAUUUCUUAUUGAAUCUUUUAAAGAAGAUAGUAUAGAUUGGAAUGAGGUUUGUUUUAAUUCUGAAUAAGAAUUGAAACCAAUUUAAUAAAGAGAUGAAGAUUUUAUAUAAUAAAUAUGCAAAUUGUCAGAAUAUCCAAAUAGUUUUGGUUGUUCAUUUAUUUAGGAUUUUAAUGGUACUUAUGAAUAAAUACUUAUGAAUAAUGAAAAUCCUGCAUUAAAUAUGAAUUUAAUAAAUGAAAUAAAUAAAUCUAUCUCUGUAUAUGUUUUGAAAGGUUGGAUCAAUAAUUUAUAUAGAUCUAAAGAACCUAGUCCAUUUAAAUUGAGAUCAAUAUUCAUCAUUUUACAAUUUGAUUGUUUUAGUAAAAUUAUUAGUGAAAAAUAAAAUAAUUUAUUUGAAUUUAUAUAGAAUUUGGAUAAAUAGAGUAAGAAUUAAUUAUCCUAAUAUUUGACUUUACUUCCAACAUAAUAAUUUAUUAAUAUAGUUGAAGUUUCAAUUCAAAAUUUAGUAUCUUUUAUUAAAUAAUAGUCAUAAUAGACAAUUUAAUUAUUAUAUAAGACAGACAUCAAUUAUUUAAUUUAAUUACUUGAAUUUUUAUAAAUAUUUUACAAAUCUAAUGAAAAACUUAAAAGAAUUGCUAGUGAUAAAUUCAUUAUAAAAGAAGUAACAAAACUAUAUCCGCAUUAAGGAGAAUUAUUGGAAUAUAAAUAAUUUGCUUGUUAUAAUAAAAAAUAAUUUGAGAAUUAUUACUUUACAUUUUGUCUAUAUCCAUGGAUAAUUCCUAUAGAAUUUAAAUAUUAACUUUUAGCUUUGGAUUCUAAUAUAAAUCAAAGGAAUUAGGGUGAUUUUAUUUUGCAAUAAAUAGGACUUGCACCUUCAUUAAAAUUAUUGAUAGAUAGAAAUGAUAUUGUAAAUAGUGCAUUAGAAUAACUUUCAAGAAAAGAAAUUAAUUUAAAAUCUAGAUUAUCAAUAGUGUUUAAAGGAGAAUAAGGUAUAGAUUAAGGAGGUUUGACAAGAGAAUUUUUCUCUUUAUUAACUCAAAAACUUUUUGAUGUUUAAUUUACUAUGUUUGUUACAAGAAAUAAUAAUACUGUAUUAUGGUUCAAUAAACAUCAUAUGGAAAUGCCUAUAAAAUAUGAAUUAAUAGGAAUGUUAUUAGGAUUAGCUUUGUAUAAUUAAGGUAUAAAUAUAAUAAUAAUAUAAUUUAAGUUUUAUUGGAUAUAAAUUUUCCAUAAUUAGUAUUUAAGAAGUUAAUGAAUGAACCAGUUUCAUUUGAAGAUCUUAAAGAAUUAGAUUUAGAUACUUAUAAAGCAUUGAAUUUAUUGAAUGAAUAUGAAAAGGAUGAUAUUGAAGAAGCAUUUGCAAUUAAUUUUUCAAUAACAGAAUAUGAUAAUUGGGGAUAAGCCUUGAAUGUUGAAUUAAUAGUAAAUCUCAAUUUAAUUAAUAGUAAAAUGGUUAAUAAAUAAUGGUCACAUAGAAGAAUAAACAAUAAUACAUUUAGUUAUGUACUGAAUAUUAUUUGAAUUCAUCAAUCCAAAAAGAAUUCCAAAGAUUUCAUGCAGGAUUUUGGAAAGUUGUAGAUGGAAAUGGUAUAAAAUUAUUGACAGGAGCUGAAUUACAAACUAUGAUUUUAGGAUAAAAACAUUUAAAUAUGUAAGAAUUGGAAGAAUCUACUAAAUAUGAUGGAUAUGAUAAAAAUUCUGAAUAUAUAAGAACUUUUUGGGCAUAUAUUCAUUCAUUAGAUGAAUAAUAAUAAAAGAGAUUUUUAUUUUUUUCAACAGGAUCUGAUAGAGUCCCUGUUGGUGGAUUAAAAUCAUUGAAGUUUGUUAUUUAAAAGCAUGGUGAAGGUAUAAUAUUUAUAUUUUUAUUUUUAUAGACACUGAAUAAUUACCAUCAGCACAUACAUGUUUUAAUGUAUUUUUAUUACCAAAAUAUGAAUCAGCAGAGAAAAUGAUAGUAAAAUUAUAGAUUGCCUUUGAAAAUAGUGAAGGAUUUGGAUUAAUGUGA